AUGUUGCAAAUUAUGGGCCGAGCUGGAAGACCCCAGUUUGACGACCAAGGAGUCGCAGUGAUCCUCGCCGAAGAGGGACUCUCAGCGCGCUGGCAGCAGAUGCUGGAAGGUCAGCCUCUUGAGAGCAAUCUCCCCGAACGGCUUACAGAGGCUUUGCUCUGUGAAGUCGUGGCAGGCUCGAUACAAAAUCAGGAAGCGCUCUGCACAUGGCUUGCUGGCACCUUCCUGGCCGUGAGGGCCCGCAGGGAUCCGCGCCGCUACGCCGCCGCUUGUCCGUUGCUUCACUGCCAAGCUCCGCAUGGGCAUCCGCUCGCAUAUCCUCAGGGCCCUGAUGUAACCAGCUUUCUGCAGCUCUUGAGCCAGGCAGAGGAAGCGAAGAUGGGGUCUGCCGGCCUUAUCUCCAAAAGUGCACAGCAUCCCGGCUUUCAAGCAACGCCACUUGGUGGGACCCUGUGCCGCUGCGGUGUGCGUGUGAGCACUCUCCACCAGCUACAAGCAGCGGGAGCACCUCAGGACAUGAAGGAGCUUCUGUGGCUCCUGGCGUCGACCUCCGACUUCGAGGAGUUUCGUCCUCGCCAGGGCGAGAGGACGCAGCUGCGGAGCUUCGCCAAGGGCCGCCUGGUGCGUUGGCCUUUCACUGGGCCCAUCGACACGGCGGCCAAAAAGGUCCUGGUGCUCCUCAUGCUGGGCCUCGCGGACUCUCCGCGACAGGAGCUUUCCUGGGAGCUGAAAGCGCAGCAGGGCCAGGCGUUCCGGCGCUGCGAGCCAUUGCUUCAGGUGGCUUCCGAAUUCUUCGAAGCUCAAAAGCAAGGGCCUGCGGUGGCAGCCUGCCUGCUGUUGCGGAAGUGCCUUCAGAAGCAGAUUUGGGAGGACACGACUAUGCCUGUGCGGCAGCUGAAGGGCAUCGGGGACAAGCUUGCCGUCGUGCUACACCAGCAAGGCUUCGCAUCGUUCCAAGGCUUUGCUUCAGCCGAUCCACGGCUAAUUGCCCAAGCUUGUCAGUCGCGAGUGUCCGGACCCGAUCUGCAAGCAAAGCUGCUUGGAAUUCCUCGCAUCGGAAUGCGACUAACUCCAGAUGGCAGCAGCGGAACCAUACACAUUCAGCUUGCAAGUAGCGCGACUGGGUUGAUGGGACAGCGGAGUGGCUCUUUGGGGGCAUGGAGUCAUUUGGUUGUCUAUUCAGCACCGGAGGGCCAGUUGCUGAAACACCUGCGCUUCCCAUCAUGUCAGCCUCCAGAGGGCUUGUCUAUACAGUUGCAAUCUGCAAGUGGCUUGGCGGUCCUCUUGAUCAAUGAGGACGUGGUCGGAUUGGAUGAGCGACAAUCUUUAGGGGACUCUCGAUUGGCUCCGCGUCCAUCUUCUGAUUCCACUCUGCCUACUUCGAAGGGAUAUGCCACCAGGGCGACUUCCGGACAAGGGAACUCAGCCAGCGCCACUCCCCGUCGGGCUCCCAAGCGCAAGGCUGCCCCUCAGUCUGGACACGAAGCGACAUUUGCCUUGGCACUUGCCAAGUCCACUGGGCAAGUAGAGACGCUCACGUCGCCAGCGGCACAGCGCAACUUGCAGCCGAUGCCGCCCGCCAUGACUGCACCUGCAAGCUUCCCAAGUCCGAUGCAUGCUGCCGGAUCGAACCAGCACUUCGGAUUUGCUGGAGAGCCGGACGCUGCUGGGGCAGCCGGCGUCCCGAACGCCAGUCUACCAGCCAGCGCGUUUACAGCUGCUGGCAGGCUCCGCAAGGGAAUCGUUUGGCAAGGGCCUUUGGCGGAAGCACAGCCGGGAAGCUCCGGGGCAUAUGGAUGCUUCGUUGGAAGGCCGCCGAUUUCCAUGGAUAUGCUCGCCUUUCGAGGUGUGUGA